UGCGUGCGCUCAUCAUCCUGUAUCCUUCAACUUGUCCUCAGCCGCGCUGUUACGCGAUGCGUUAUCGUGCUCCGUUACUUUUGACAACUCGCUCAUAUAGACGCGUGCCGUUGCGUCACACGGGAGUGUUGUGUCGGUGAAGCUGCACAGAGCGUAACAAAACCACCCGUGCAAAGCUCCCUUCGGGUGCUGUCCAUCUCCUUCACGGGAUCAAGUACAGUGUGCGAGCGUGCAAGGCCUUACACACGGAUCGUGGAAAAAUAAUCCCCUGGAAGAGGAUGACAACACGGGCCACUCGAGCGAGCGAAAGGCAGAUAUGGAAGCGAACUGCAAGAAAAUAGUCGCUAUUUGAGCUGAAACCCGCACCCGUCCACACACACACACACCGCGCCUCCCAUAAAGCCAUGCUUCGGAGUUGUCGCGCCGAGCUACGACUACUUUAAAGUUCCUGGAGCGCGAGGUGCGGGCCGAUGCCGGGCCGCAAUAGCAUGGAGGUCAACAAUGUCGCCGGCAGCAAGGGUUCCGUGUACCUGGUCGUGCCAUUUAGAAAGUUGUGCAUCGUCACGGUAUCGAUACCCCUGGCCACCCUGCUCUUUUGCUUCGUAACGGCUUACAUUUACCAACAGGACGACAUACACGAGACCCACUGUAGGGUGUACAAUGUCCUUCCGUCGAUAUCGGCCAUCACCGGAGUAUCGCCCCAGAGGUACUUGUGGCGCGUGAGCAUAGCCCUGCACAUUGGGCCGCGUCUCCUGAUCGCCAGCGUCUACUACUCGUUCUACCUCAAGAUCAUCGGCGACAUCCUGGACGUGCCGACGAAGCUCCGCGGAUCCAAGCUUUUGAACGUUUGUUACUGGCUGAACUUGGCGGAGGUCGCCGCGCUCUGCGGCGUCACUUACAUCUCCAACCGAGAAAAUUACGCCGUGCACGAGAAGACCUUCAUAGUGUUCAUGAUAAGUUCGCUCUUUCACAUGCUGGUUGCCGUCAAACUGGGCCGGCUCGUUACGCCAAAUGCACAAAGUUUGCAGUACAAACAAGUCCUAUUCACAACGAGCAUCGUCAGCACUGUUGGCCUUAUUAUCUUCUUCUUGAAGCAUCGAUUGUUGUGCCACGAUUUGGCGUUCAGCUGGUUUUCUCUGUGCGAGUACGUGAUAGCUUCGGCGAACAUGGCGUUUCACGCGACCGUUGUUUUGGACUUUCCCAAGGACCAGUUGGUCGUCGGAAGUGGCUUCGCCGGAUUAAAAACGGAUUGACGUAGCUAAGUACAAUUUUAUAAACAUAUAUACAUAAAAUACCUCGAGAGAAUAUA